CCACUGUACUACUACUAGUAUUCUUUUUCCGCCACCAUUGCACUAGCAUUACUUCCAUUUUUCCUUCUCAUUUCUGAAUCUGUUGCUUUUUAUUGUUACAAACCUAUCUCUGUUCAAAAAUGAAAGUAACUCCCAAACUCAAAGUUCCAAAACGAUCUCCCAAAAUCCUCAAUCCUCCACCAAAUAAUUCAUAUAACUCUAAGAAUAAUAAUAAUGAAAAUUUGAAUGAAACCCAUUUCAUAUCUCUAAUUCACAAUUGCAAAAACACCCAUCAACUCCAACAAAUCCAUGCCCAAAUCAUUCGCCAAAAUUUAUCAUCAAAUAGCAGAAUCAUUACUCAGCUGAUAUCUUCAGCUUCUGUACGUAAAUCCAUUGACUAUGCAUUGUCUAUUUUUAAUUGUUUUCGUGACCCGAAUCUGUAUUUGUUUAAUGCUUUAAUUAGAGGAUUGAAGGAGAACUCUUGUUUUGAAAAGUCAGUUGCAUAUUUUAAGCUAAUGCUUAAGAUGGGCGUUAAGCCUGACAGGCUAACGUACCCGUUUGUGUUAAAAUCUUUAACGGCAUUAGGUGAAAAUGGAGUUGGUGGGAGUGUGCAUUGUGGGGUUUUAAAGAUGGGAUUGGAGUAUGAUGUGUUUGUGAGGGUUUGUUUGGUUGAAAUGUAUGUGAAAAUUGAGUUGGUGGUGUUUGCACUGCAACUGUUUGAUGAAAGUCCUGAGAGAAAUAAGGCUGAGAGUGUGCUUUUGUGGAACAUCGCGAUUAAUGGGUGUUGUAAGACUGGACAGGUGAGUAAGGCGUUGGCGUUGUUUGAGGAAAUGCCUGAGAGGAAUGCAGGUUCUUGGAAUACUUUGCUUAGUGGGCUGUUGAGGAAUGGGGAGGUCGAUAAAGCGAUGGAACUUUUCGAUGGGAUGGUGGAAAAGAAUGUGGUUUCUUGGACUUGUAUGAUUCACGGGUUAACACUAAAUGGAUUGCACCAAAAGGCGCUGGAUUUGUUUUUCAAGAUGGUGGAAGAAGGUACAAAGCCGAAUGGUUUAACAGUUGUAUCUGUACUUUCUGCUUGUGCAAAAACUGGGGCACUAGAGGCAGGGAGAAAGAUUCAUGAAAAUAUUUCGAACAAUAAGCUCCAUUUGAACGUAGCAGUUGGUAAUGCUUUGCUUGAUAUGUACGCGAAAUGCGGGUAUAUUGAGUCAGCAGGCCUGGUUUUCAGUGGAUUAAAAGAAAAGGAUAUUCGUACGUGGAGUAUAAUGAUAUGGGGUUGGGCAAUUCAUGGACAUGUAGAUAAAGCUCUUAGGUGUUUUGAACAGAUGAGAUUAGCUGGAAUCAAACCUGAUGAAGUUUCUUUCCUUGCUGUUUUAACUGGAUGCUCUCACGCUGGACGGGUGGAUCAGGGCCUUCAAAUCUUUGAUAGCAUGCAACGCGAGUGCUCAAUUGAGCCCACUAUGAAACAUUAUGCUGUAGUAGUAGAUCUACUUGGCAGGGCUGGCCGAUUGGACGAGGCCUUUAAAUUUAUCGAAAGUAUGCCCUUAGAGCCAGAUUAUGUGAUUUGGGGUGCACUUUUUUCUGCUUGCAGAGCUCACAAGAACAUUGAAAUGGCAAAAGUUGCAUCACAGAAGCUCCUGCAGCUUGAGCCAAAGCAUGCUGGGGGCCAUGUGUUUCUAUCUAAUGUUUAUGCAGGAGCGGGGAGAUGGGAUGAUGUGGAAAGAGUUAGAAGUUUAAUGAAGAACAAAAAUGUUGACAAGGAUCCUGGAUGGAGUUCGAUGGAGGUGGAUGGUCAGUUGCAUACAUUUGUUGCUGGUGAUAAUGCUCAUACACGUAAGCAGGAGAUAUACUCGAAAUUGGAGGAAAUUAUUACGGGAGCUAAACAACAUGGUUACAUGCCUGAAACCGAGUGGGUGCUUCAUAACAUUGAUGAGGAAGAGAAGGAAGGAGCCUUGGGAAGUCAUAGUGAAAAGUUAGCACUUGCUUUUGGUCUCAUUAGUACUGGUCCUGGUGCGAUCAUUAUGAUUGUGAAGAACCUUAGAGUGUGUGGCGACUGCCAUUCGCUAAUGAAGUACGUCAGCAAGAUGAGUGAAAGGGUGAUUGUGUUAAGAGAUAUAAAGAGAUUCCACCAUUUCAAAGAUGGAGUUUGCUCCUGUAAAGAUUACUGGUGAACUAGUAGAUCUGGCGCAUUUUUCCUGCGUCCACAUAGUUUUGGAAGGAGCAAAAGUUAUCAGGACACCAGGUGGUGGAGAAUCUACUGCUUUCUUGCGAUCGGUUGCUCCAACUGCAAAUAAGCACAUGAGAGUUCCUGGCAAUUCAUAGCUUCAAGAGAGAUAAUAGCCGUAGCGGAAAUGGCACUUGGCAUCAUCAAUCUUGGAGAGCAUUUUGUGAAGAUCCAAAUAGUCUUAAACUUUUGUGAAGAUUCAAAUAGACUUCAACUGCCAUGUAUAAGGAGUAGAGUCUUCUGUUCAAGGAUACAUUCCUCCCCAUAUCUUGUGCCCUUGUCAAGCAGGAAUGGUGGCACCCGCUUAGCAGGUAUAAGAGUUGCUUGUUGGAUGACUUCUCCAAGAACAGGGAACAAAGCAAACCCUAACACUGCUCGGGCCAAUACCGCGGUUAGAUGAAGUUUGUUAAGAGUUGAAGCCUAUGGUGGAGCUAGUGUGUUGGUUAUGGGUACGGCCACGCCCAAUAACUUUGGUCCAAACUUGUAUUUGUCUUGUGAAAUUGAUUGAAUAUGUAAACAAUUAUUAAUUUUGAAGGUUACUUAAAAGAACUAGAAUCCCGAACUCAUAAGCUUCAAAAUUCCGGCCCUGCCUCCUGGUUGAAGCAACAAUAGUCAUGUGCUUAUUUGUACAAGGCACCUCUCUAUUUCACCAUUUUUUCAGAAGACCUCCCCCACCUCCAACUCCAAACCUCCAAGUGCCGAGGUGCGGUUGGAGCUGGUGAAAUAGUUGAGGCAAGUGAUCAUGUCCUUGAUUUGCUAGUUUGUUACAUUUCUCUUGCUUCUUAUGUGGAAAACAGUUUGGACGAAUAGACUGUUAUUGGUAUUAGGUAAAUGUAUUGGCUUGACUCUGUCGUUUGCUUUAUGUUUAUUUGUGAAUUGGUUUA